AUGUUGUGCAUGAUGUUUGUGGUGUUGUCCCUGUGUAGUAUUUUAGGUACUUUUGAGAAAGAAGUUUGUAAAAGGGGUGGAAAAGAGAAUCAAACGAAGACAAAACAUUAUUUCGUACUUUGUAUUACCCAGGCCUUAUUUUUGGUGCCUGUUAUAUUAGCUCGGACAUCCACCUUCGCAACCACACCCAACAAUGAAGAAUUAGAAGAGAAUACAGCUAAAAUCCCUGAGAAGAUCCUUACAGCAAAGAUCGCCAAUCAAACUGAAGGAUCUUUACCCGGAUCAAAUUCAACAAGGAGGGACCUGCAUACUUGUCAAGCAGCAAACCCAAUAGACAAGUGUGGAGGUGGCAAAGGUGGUGAAAUCUAUGAGGUGACUGAUCCUUCAGAUGACGCUUGUGACAAACCAAAGGAAGGGACACUUCGUUUUGGAGUUACGAGAGACAAACCUUUAUGGAUCAUCUUCACCAAAGAUAUGGUGAUCACGCUGAAACAUGAGCUAGUGAUAUUAACGGAAGGUGGUGUGAUUAGUGAUUCAGAGACACAUUCUAGGGCAAGAGCAAAAAACGAUGGUGAUGGUAUCUAUAUUUAUGGUUCUUCCAAGAUAUGGAUCGACCAUGUGACACUCAAUGAUGGACCAGAUGGACUUGUCGAUGUCACAAACGGCGCCACUUGUGUAACCAUUUCCAACUGCAAAUUCACCAGUCACAACAAAGUCAUGUUGCUAGGGGCAGAUAUUACACAUACUCAAGAUAAAAAUAUGCAAGUCACUGUCGCAUACAAUCUGUUUGGAGAAGGAUGUAUCCAAAGACUGCCUAGGUGUCGAUAUGGUUUUUUCCAGGUCGUUAACAACGACUAUAAUAAAUGGCAAAUGUAUGCUAUUGGUGGUAGUAGCGACCCUACUAUCUUGAGCCAAGGCAACCGUUUUUUGGCUCCUGAUGUGGCUAAAUCGAAACAGGUGACACAAAGGCAUGAUGCCCCUGAGGAAGAGUGGAAGAACUGGAAGUGGAAAUCGCAAAAUGACACUUUACUAAAUGGAGCCUUUUUCGUACCAUCAGGUGGUGAGUGGGAACCAACCCCUGAACAGAGCGCCGGUCUGAUUCCACCUUGCCCUGAACCUGUUGAGGCACUCACUUGUGAUGCUGGCAAACUCACAUGCACGCCUGGCCAGCCUUGUUAAUCAUCUAAAAAGAAAAAGAAAAAAAAAACACAUUAAUGUUCUGACUUCUGAAGGUCAAACAAAGGAAUGACGCUCGUGAUGAAGAGUGGAAGCAUUCGCAUUAAUCGGGAAAAGAUGUACAGUUAAGGAACCUCUCAAUACAAAGGCACCAUAGUGUAUAUUUUUAUCGUUUAUAAUCUUUAAUUUUACAUUUAAGUUAAUCACGUUUGUAUAUAUGCCAUGUACGUAGGAUUGCAGGCUCAUGUGUGCAUAUGAUCAGUUAUGUGUAAUUAGAUCUGUUUGUUUAACUAGACAUGUUACCAUGUUAAUUUAGAUCGGUG